AUGAGGCCCUUCGCGAGAGCAUUGCGCCCUGCUGUGCGUAGAAGUCUGGCUGUUUCUGCCCCCAGGAUAUCCAGCGGGAGAACGGCUGCGCUUCCUGCUGUUCAGAUCGCUGCCCGUCCUCUUUCUACCACUGCUCCUCGCCGCGAUCCCAGCCUUGCCGAUGUCGCCCCAACACCCAUCACCCACUUCUCCGAGACCGAGGUCGCCAUGGCCGAGGCGGUCCAAAAGUUCGCCAACGACGUCAUCCUGCCCAAGGUUCGCGACAUGGACGAGGCCGAGGAGAUGGAUCCCACCAUCGUCGAGCAGCUCUUUGAGCAGGGUAUCAUGGGUGUUGAGAUUCCCGAGGAGUACGGCGGUGCCGGCAUGAACUUCACCGCUGCGAUUGUUGGUAUUGAGGAAUUGGCCCGUGUCGACCCAUCGGUAUCCGUCAUGGUGGACGUCCACAACACCCUCGUCAACACUGCUGUGAUCAGGUGGGGUAGCGAAACCCUCAAGAAGAAGUACCUCCCCAAGCUGGCCACCAACACCGUUGGCUCCUUCUGCUUGUCCGAGCCGGUUAGCGGUUCUGACGCUUUCGCUCUGGCCACCAAGGCUACCCCUACCGAAAAUGGGUACAAGAUCAACGGCAGCAAGAUGUGGAUCACCAACAGCAUGGAGGCCGAAUUCUUCAUUGUUUUCGCCAACCUCAAGCCUGAGCAGGGAUACAAGGGUAUCUCCGCCUUCAUCGUUGACAAGGGCAUGAAGGGCUUCAGCAUCGCCAAGAAGGAGAAGAAGCUCGGCAUCAAGGCCAGCAGCACCUGCGUUCUCAACUUUGACGAUGUUGAGGUCCCCAAGGAGAACCUCCUCGGUCAGGAGGGCCAGGGUUACAAGUACGCCAUCCAGAUCCUGAACGAGGGCCGUAUCGGUAUUGGUGCUCAGAUGACCGGUCUUGCUCUCGGUGCGUGGGAGAAUGCUGUCAAGUAUGUGUGGAACGACCGCAAGCAGUUUGGAAAGUUGGUUGGCGAGUUCCAGGGUAUGCAGCACCAGAUUGCGCAGUCUUACACCGAGAUCGCGGCGGCGCGCGCGUUGGUGUACAAUGCUGCUCGCAAGAAGGAGGCCGGCGAGGAUUUCGUCAUGGACGCUGCCAUGGCCAAGCUUUACGCCUCCCAGGUCGCUGGCCGUGUGAGCGGGUUGGCGGUGGAGUGGAUGGGUGGUAUGGGCUUCGUCCGUGAGGGUCUGGCUGAGAAGUUCUUCCGUGACAGCAAGAUUGGCGCCAUCUAUGAGGGCACGAGCAACAUUCAGCUCAACACCAUUGCGAAGAUGUUGCAAAAGGAGUAUACCGCUUAG